GAUACACUUCCGUAUUCCAUUUUCGAGAAAUUUCCCGGAUCUUUGUUUACAUCGUAAAAACCCACGUUUUCUGUGUUUGAAAUUGUCAAGGCGCUAAAUUGCAGUCAUUAGUAAAGACACUUUCUAUUUUGUGGCCUCAGCUCAUCAGUCAUGACUCGGUCUGAAGUCGACAUUACUCCCUCGAAAGAUGGAGGGGUUCUGAAAGAAAUUCUGAAUCAAGGAGAUGAAAAUGGUGGCUCGCCGGCAAAUGGAGACACUGUAUACGUUCAUUAUGUUGGAACUCUGGAAAAUGGUGAUAAAUUUGAUUCAAGUCGAGACAGAGGCGAAAAAUUUGAGUUUCAACUUGGAAUGGGAAGUGUUAUCAAAGCCUGGGAUCUUGGUGUUGCCACCAUGAAGAAAGGAGAAAUCGCAAAAUUCACAUGUAAAGCAGAGUAUGCCUAUGGAGCUUCGGGCUCUCCUCCCAAGAUUCCACCAAACGCAACCCUUAUUUUUGAAGUGGAACUCUUUUCAUGGAAAGGUGAAGACUUGACGGAAAACAAAGAUGGUGGAAUUAUUCGUAGAAUUUUAACGAAAGGAGAAGGAUAUAAACAACCAAAGGAUGGCUCAUCAGUUAAUGUUCACUAUGUAGGUAAAUACGACGGUAUCAGAUUUGAUGAAAGAGAUGUACAAUUUGAGGUUGGUGAAGCAAGCGAGCAGAAUGUCAUUGAAGCCAUUGAAAUCGCUGUUACUAAAAUGAAGAGGGGAGAAAAAUGUCAUCUUACCGUAGGACCUCAGUAUGCGUAUGGUUCAACGGGAAGCGAAGAUUUUAAAAUUCCACCAAAUGCUACUCUAGAAUAUGAUGUUUAUCUUUCUAAUUUCGAAAAGGCUAAAGAACCAUUUGAAAUGGAUGUACCAGAAAAAUUAGACCAAUCAGAACUUGUUAAAUCUAAAGGAACCAAUCAUGUUAAGGCCGGUGAAUAUCAACGAGCGAUUAAAUGUUACAAUAAAGUUAUAUCAUAUUUAGAACACGAGACGAGUCUAGAAGAAGACGAACAGAAGAAGAGAGAUGCUUUAAUGUUAGCGGCACAUCUUAAUCUAGCUUUAUGUCAUCUUAAACUAGAAGAAAAUAACUCAGCUGUUGAACAAUGUGAUAAAGCUUUAGAAAUGGAUUCCAAUAAUACGAAGGCUUUCUUCAGACGAGGACAGGCACAACUUAAUAAAAAUGAGUAUGAAAAUGCAAAGAAAGAUUUUGAAAAAGUUAUCGCCCUUGAACCUGAAAAUAAAGCUGCGAAGAAUCAAAUUGUUAUGUGUAACCAUAAACUAAAACAGUUUAUUGAGAAAGAAAAGAAAACUUACGCUGGAAUGUUCUCUAGAUUUGCGGAACAGGAUGCCAAGUUUCCUGAUAAAAAUACACCCGUUAUAAUCAAAACAAAUUCUACUGGUGAAGUAAUGGACAACAUUGAUAAUUGGUCCAAUGAAAUGGCCAAGGAUAUGAUGUCCAUUGAGCAAGAGAUGGCAGCGUUCGGAGAAACGAUGCCACUUAUUCCAGACAAAGAAAAUAUAAAUCCUAGGCGCAAGUGAAAGAAAACUCCUGAACCAAUGAAUCAAGAUAUUGGAGAUAGCAAUGGUGAGAAGAAGGAAGAGGAAGGCGGGUCAAAUGGGACAGAGGAAUCUGAAAUGAUAACAGAAUAACCAACAAGUCUGGAAAGUUUGACGACAAGUUGUAAACAGAAACAGUUUUUUUUAUCAAGUUUUGUCAAAAACAAACAUUUGUUAAGAUUGGAUAUGUUAAGAUGGAUGUUAAGAAGAUGAGCCAUGGUUCCCAUGGCAAAUUGUUUGAGAUGUUUACUUUAAAAGUUUACUUAUUCUUUUGUAAAAUAAAAAAAAUAAAAAACUUGUCAAGGAACUGAAGCUUGUCCCCCUUGGCAAAUGGUUUACUUUAAAAAUGGACAUGGAAAAUAUGAGAAUAUUUGUGGAAUUGUUUUUCAUUGUUAAAGAAAAUUAGAAUGACAGAUGGACAUUUACCCUGAAAGUCAGUGAGUACCAUGCAUUUUUUGAUGCCGACAUUAAUCUUAUGUGUGCACUGACAUCGUGAAAGAAAAACUACAUGGGCACAAUCGUCAAUCUCGGCUCUCAGAGAAACGUUUACUGUUACUUUCUCUCUGGGGAAUCCCCUCUUCAUUAGCUCAAUCGGUGCAGAACAGUAGGAUGUUAAACCCCAUUUCAUUCCUCUGGGAAAUCGCCUUGGCCAUAUGUCGGUCAUUUUGAAAGUCACAUGAUGUAUCCUUCUGCCGGUUGCUUCACAUCAAAUUUUAUGCUCAUAUUGCCGAAUCACUCACAUCGCGCCCUAAAAAUAGUUCCCAGUAAAUCAUCAAAUCGGCUGUUUUCGAAUGAACUUUUGAUGUAAAGAUGUGGAAAAAGUUAAAUGGACCAUUAAUAUGGAACUCGUACAAGGAACCAAUGCCUAAUUGUCAAGAAAUCGUCAGCAUUUGAUUCAAACAAAUCAAGCCAAUCAGGAGCUACUGGGGGUUGGGGGGAGGAGCUAAGAAACCCGAUUUAGACUAAUUAAUGUCUGGUGUGUUUCCCCGGAGGGAAACUAAUGGUACGUACACCCUCUCUGGGAGCCGAGAUAGCACAAUCGCAUAAAUGUUUAAGACCUUUUUGUUCUUGUUUCUAAUAUUCUAAAUGUGAAGUUUAACUCGGCAAACCUCAGCAGAUUCUGUUACUCUACAUCUAGCCUCGACUGUAUGACGGUAAGUGAUAUGUACCUAUGCCUAUACAAUUGCGAUGCGGCACCGGUUUACUUAUCAGGAAAACUUGCCGCUUCUAAAAAGAAGUUAUCAAAAUUGCGUCGUUCGAAGCUUGUUUAGAACUUUCAGUGCAAAGUUGUACUUGUUUGUAGAAAAUAGGAUAAACUUGAAAAAAAAACAGCUUCAGACUUUGAAAUAUUUGUAUGAUAAAACAUUCUUCAAAGGCGUCGUGGCGUCGUCAUGGGCAAUGCUUUUGGUAAAUCCGGGAACUUCAGUUGUUCCAAUGGCGGACUUCGUCAUAAAGCCGAGGCUAGAUGUAGGGUACUGAAAUCUGGUGAGGUUUGCCGAGUGUGUAAAGUUUAUGAUCGUCGUAGGAGAGACUGUUAAACAUGGAGUGUGAUUGUAGGUGUGAAAUCAAUCUGAUUAUAAUACAGAUCUAUAUUUCGUUUCCUUUUUUUAUUCCUUUGAUGGCCUACACUACGUGAAGAUCUGAUCAGUUGUAUUGGGAGGUCGCGUCAGGAUCAUACAUUUGGCUUUUGACUUGAUAACAUCAUUCAUUCGAUCAACUUGUUUCUUGUGGGUAUUGUUUACUAUUGCUGCGAAUGUCUACCCACAGUUCCAAGUGCCAGAUGACAAGAAAUUGACUCAACAGACCAUUUAAUUGGCUAUUCCCUCCAUCAACCAGGUUAGUUAACAACGCUUCCAGUGAAGACAAGUAAAAUGAAAUCUAGAAUUAUUAGAUACGAAAUGAAAUAGAAUCUGUGUUUUAAUCAGAUUGGUUUAAAAUGGUUGUUUUAAUAUCAGAACAUAUGUCUAUUACAUAUUACUUUAAAGUCGCUGAUAACAUCAUUUGCAUUUUUGGGACAAAAUCUAAUGUUUCAAAACUUAAUCCACUCUGAUAGAUUAUUUAACAUUUAAAAAUACAUUAUGUAAGAUUUAGAUAAAGAGCUGACCGUUCUUGCUAUAAUAGUUCAAAAUAGAUAAUGAAAAUGAAUAUAUUGAAAAUUUCAUUCAUGUUGAUAUUUUUAUUUCUUAAAUGUUAAACAUCAAUAUUCAAGAGCUAAAUCUGUCUAUUGCAGGUCUUUCUUCAGGCUUGAAAUGUUAUCUAAGUUAUUAAUUACACAUUAACUUACCGGACGGCUGCGAUAUAAAUAGAUUUUAACACGCUUUGUAGUCGAUGCGGUUAUUGUAGAAAUGGAUAAUCAAGACUUUGUUUAUAAUCGUAAUGACAGUUAAGGCUAGACUAUAAUUAUAUCGCUGAUAUAUAGGCUCAGAGUGAAGUAAUCUGACUGAAAUUUACAGCAUAUUCAUUUUUCAUUAUCUAUUUUUAACUGUUAUAGUGAGAAUUGUCAGUUCUUUAUGCCGCUUUAAAUAGUCAAUCUGAGAUAUUUUAGCAUUGAAAAACUGACACACAGAGACUUAAAACACUUUUCAUUAUUUUAAUACAGGAUAAUUUGUUGAUCCUUGCAUUUAACAAUACUUGUUCUAUAGUAUAUAAUAAAUUUAAUUUUAUCGAC